GGCCCCCUAUCCUUCAUUUUACCUGUAGACACGAUGACUUUGGUCGGUGUUGUCUUCGUUUCAUAUUUUUGUCUUGUGAACUCACAGACACCCUUUAAUGUUGCGUCAGACUGCUGUGAAGAAACUGCAGAAAACUUACAAACUGUCCUUCAGCGACUGACGUCACUGGAAAAGGCGGUGACCACGUUGAAGACGGAGAAUUCCAAUCUAAGACAAAAUUCAUCAGGCCUUGCAGCAAUGCAACAGGAACUUAUGGAAAUAAAAUCUAAACAACAACCUGUUGCUUUCUUUGCCGAAAUGUCCCAGGACUUGACGAACCCUUCCACAGGGCAGACUGUGGUGUUUGACCAGGUGCUCACUAAUGUUGGUAACGCCUAUAGCCCUACUACGGGGAUCUUUACAAUACCAGUCACUGGUACUUACAACUUUAACGUAGUCCUCUCCUCCCCGAAUAACAAUGACGCCAACCACUACAUGCAUUUCUUUAUUCUCCAAAAUGGAAGGAAAAUAGCUUACCUGUUUUUAGAUCACAAUACCGAUUAUUGGAUCCACACGUCCUCGUCGUCAGUCGUACAAGGAACUAAAGGUGACAGGGUUUGGCUAAGUGUGGGCGUUGCUGGAGGAUCGCACGUUCUUGCAGGACACAGGCUUGGGGAAGGAGAGAUUCAUACACAUAUUUCAGGGUUUCUUAUACAAGCUGAUUAAGUUUCAGUGCGAAUUGAUCUGUUAGGUGUUCGGAUACAUAAUUAACAGAAAACUGUAAUGCCUACAUUAAAUCAUGUAAUAGAAUCGUUUA